AUGAUUGCUUAUCCCCCAUCAUCAUUACCGCCGGCGGAUCUCUACCAGCCGAUGGAAGACACAGUGGUCCCGUUACUCUUCAACUCUUAUCUCUAUCUCCCGAAAGACCCUUUUAUCCGUAGAGGCUUCAUGGAAAUUUUGCCGCAGAUUUAUUCCAAUACCAAAUCGGGAUCGCAUCUCCAUCUGACCACCCUGGCUGUUGCUUUCUUUUCCGUGGCGGCCUGGACUGGCCAAGGGCUCUUUCUUUGGGCAUCCGAGCGAUACUUCACGGAGGCACUGCCAAAGAUCCGGCAAGCCUUGCAGCGCGAUGAAGAUAGUGAACUGGACGAGAUCCUCAUCUCGAUUCUCUUACUUUCGACAUACGAGGUAAGUCUCUCGCAGAUGCCGGGGAUUCACGAUCUAACGAGAUGUAUCAAGGAAUUUGUCGCUGUCAAGGACUGUGAGCACCCCUUAAAAGCCCACCUGAAGGGGGCCGUUGCCUUGAUCAAUAGCAGAAGGUCUAGACGCCUCCCCACACCAUUAUCGUCAAUCAUCGACCACGCGGUCGAAGGUCAAAUUAUCAGAACCACCCGAGGGCUUACCGCCCCAAUGGUUCCAACACCUAAUGUCUGGCCUCUGUCUCAGACCGAGGCUCUUUCGAGUCCCAGCCCGCUGCUGGCAUCAGCAGCGUCAGAACUAGUGAAUUUGCGACAAGCGUGGGAAACCAUGAUGGCUCAGCCUCCCGAUGAGAACACAGCCGCGGUAACCCUGAACAAAGCCAAGGACAUCGACACGGAUCUUAUGACGUGGGCAUAUGCAGUCCCGCAAUACUGGGUUCCUGUCGCCGCGAGCAUGAUCCCCCAGUCUGUGCGCGAUGCCGGAAUAUACCGCCACCGUUGCGACUGCUACACCGACAUGUGGAUCGCAACUACCUGGAACACCUACCGGGAAUGCCGCCUGCUCAUCCAGAAUAUUAUUCUCAGCUGCCUUCGUAUUCUGAUGUCCGAGGACCCGGACGGAAGCAAGGCGGCUGCAGUUUCAUUGGCUGCGCGUCGAAUCGUCGACGAUAUCUGUGCUACCGUGCCGUUCUUCCUUGGGGACCAGAUGGAAUCGGUACGCAUGAAACCCGGCCUCGUGCAGUAUCCGUCCACCGAAACACGCCCGGUCACUAUGACACAUCGGCAGUCGGCUCCGCUGAUGGGCGCGUGGAUGAUCUUGCCUUGUCUCAAGAAUCUCCACUUCUCAGACCUUGCGCUGCCCCAAGAGCAGUCGGAUUGGGUGCAGCAGCAAAUGAACCGAACUCUGGUGAUAUACUUCCAGCGAUAA